AUGUCGUUCAGUCGAUCCUUAAUCAACUUAUACGGCUUCAUUCUGGCUUUGGGGAUUUGCCAGACUGCCUUAACUGCUGCUCUUUCCGGGGAUUCUGUCUGGUCACCUGAACCGGGUUUUUCAUGGUUUACGGAACUAGCUGAAGCUAGUCAUCUCGUUGCGUACGCUUGUACAGCUACCGUACUUUCAUUGUGCACAUGGGUAUGGGUCAGCGUCUUGUCAGUAACACCAUCGCCAUUAUAA